AUGUAUCCCAUCAAUGUAAACUUUGAAAAUAACAGAACCUGGUUCCAGUACGUGACUGCGGUAUUUGGUGAACAGGACCUGCGUCAUGGCAUCAAAUUACUGCGUAGGAUGCAGGCUUCGCUCACCCCAGGCGAGGCGUUGGAUUUGGUUGGGAAGUGGCUGGUUUUAUUCGGACCUGCGGGUCCCGAGGUCACCAAAUUUUCGCAAAAAUUUUCCCGGAAAAUGUUGGAGGACCCCAGAACCCAUCAGCAGUUUUUCGCUCCCAACCUUUCCAAAUUGGAAAGGUUGCGGCAAGCACUUGCCGAUUACGUUCUGAACCGCUACUCUUCGCCAGAUAAGUUAAGUUUAUGA